UUAGAAGCAUGUCUUGGUGAAACCGAUUUUUUUUUAGAGAAGUUGAUGCAACCGUCAAAUGAGAUGUAUCGAACAUCUCUUCGUCGGGAAAGAUACGGCGUGCCAGAAAAAUGAACUGACCAGCCAAGGCAAACCAACAGGUCGGAGUUCCAGUCUGCCCGUCGUGUACCUGCAGGUUGUUGGAACCAUCGGGAAGAAGAUACUGAUGAGCCAACGGCUCAACCCCAGCCAGAGGAUGGUGGAACAGCCGCUGCCGACGUCAGUCCAUGCAAACCAAGAUGACGUUCACCUUCAUGAAUUUAGUAACAAAUUUUGUCUGCUAAAGGAGUGAUUGCCUGUGGAUGGUCCACAAACGUGGACGUCCCGACGGCCCGACCUGCCCGUCGUGAGCAACAUUUUCCGGUACCACCGCCAGAGGUGGUGGUGGUUCGACGGCGAUCGAGUGGCGUACGUGCUAGGACCUGGCUAGGAUCCAAUCAUUCGUGAGGAACGCGUGCACCCUCUCUCGUCUUCGGUGUUCACACCCUACCGCUACGUACAAUCUUGUCUUCGGCUUCGAUGCCACCCCCAAUUUGUAGAACCCACAACAGCAGACUGUGACCACGAUAUCGAUACCGUACGUGCAAUGGCGACCGCCAACGUGCUCCUCCUCCCGGAGCCCGGCUCGGGCCACCUCAUGUCGCUCAUCGAAGCCGGCAAGCGGCUGCUCGCUCACGGCGGAGACGAAGCCGAGCUCACCGUCACCGUGCUGAUCAUCCGGCCAGCGACGCCCGAGUCGGCCUCGGAGGUCGACUCCCACGUCAGGCGCGUCGCGGCAUCCGCCUCCGGGCUCGGCAUCCGGUUCCACCGCCUCCCCGCCGUCGACCCGCCCACCGACUGCGCCGGCAACCUGCAGGAGUUCAAGUCCCGCUACAUGCAGCUGCACGCGCCCCACGUCCGGGCCGCCUUGGCGGACCUCGGCGCCGCGGCGCUCGUCCUAGACUUCUUCGCCACCGCCGUCAUCGACGCGGCCCGCGAGCUCGCCGUGCCCACGUACGUCUACUUCACGUCCACGGCCGCGCUGCUCGCGCUCACUCUGCGCCUGCCGGCGCUGGCAGUCGAGGCCGAGGCGUUAGACGACGGCGCGGUGGACGUCCCCGGCAUGCCACCGGUUCCCGCGGGGUCUGUUCCGGGGUUCCUGGGCGACAAGGAGAGCCCGAACUACGCGUGGUUCGUGUACCACGGCCGCCGCUUCAUGGACGCCGACGGCAUCGUCAUUAACACGGUGGACGCGCUCGAGCCAGGACUGCUCGCCGCGAUAGCCGCAGGCCGGUGCGUGCCCGGGCGACGCGCGCCGCCGCUGUACCCGAUCGGUCCAGUGAUCGACCACGCCGUGGAAGCGUCGAACGAGCCCUGCGUCCGGUGGCUGGACGCGCAGCCUCGGGCGUCGGUGGUGUUCCUGUGCUUCGGUAGCCUGGGAUGGUUCGACGCAGCCAAGGCGAACGAGGUGGCCGCGGGGCUGGAGUGCAGCGGGCACCGCUUCCUGUGGACGCUGCGCGGCCCACCCGCCGCCGGCUCGCGGCACCCGACGGACGCCAACCUCGACGAGCUCCUCCCGGCGGGGUUCCUGGAGCGGACGGAGGGGCGGGGCCUGGUGUGGCCGAGGCGAGCACCGCAGAAGGAGAUCCUCGCGCACGCCGCCGUCGGCUGCUUUGUGACGCACUGCGGGUGGAACUCCACGCUGGAGAGCCUGUGGCACGGCGUGCCGUUGGUGCCCUGGCCGCUGUACGCGGAGCAGCACCUGAACGCGUUCGAGCUCGUGUCCGUCGUCGGCGUGGCCGUGGCCAUGGAGGUGGACAGGGCGCGGGACAACUUCGUGGAGGCGGCGGAGCUUGAGCGGGCGGUGCGAUGCGUGAUGGGCGGCGGGCCGGAGGAGGAGGAGGGUAGGUUGGCGAGGGAGAAGGCCGUCAAGAUGAAGGCCGCGUGCAGGCGGGCCGUGGAGGAGGGCGGCUCGUCCUACGAUGCGUUGCACAGGCUGCGCCAUGCGAUUCGCAGCGGUACAACUACAAGGUGCACCGGCGCAGCGUCUCCCAUUUCCGGAGAGAUGUCGUGAUCCGUCGCCGGUCGGGGUUCCACACUUCCACCGAUGGCGCCGUGAGCGUGAAGUCCUUGGAGUCUAUGGCAGAACACCGUGGCAAUUCGUCAUUUCCAUAGGUUCCAAUUCCAUAUAAGAACACAUCGAUGACGCUAGAUCCAUCGAACCUUGUUGGAUCAAUUGUUUGCCCCAAAUAUAUAUAUGUGACAGGUAAUACA